AUGGCGAGCACGGCCUCGGAGAUCAUCGCCUUCAUGGUUUCCAUCUCCGGCUGGGUGCUGGUGUCCUCCAUGCUGCCCACCGACUACUGGAAGGUGUCCACCAUCGACGGCACGGUCAUCACCACCGCCACCUAUUGGGCCAACCUGUGGAAGACGUGCGUUACCGACUCCACGGGCGUCUCCAACUGCAAGGACUUCCCCUCCAUGCUGGCGCUGGACGGUUAUAUCCAGGCAUGUAGAGGCCUUAUGACUGCUGCUGUCAGCCUGGGCUUUUUUGGUUCCAUAUUUGCCCUGUUUGGAAUGAAGUGUACCAAAGUUGGAGGCUCAGAUAAAGCCAAAGCUAAGAUUGCUUGUUUGGCUGGGAUUGUAUUCAUACUGUCAGGGUUGUGCUCAAUGACUGGUUGUUCCCCGUAUGCAAACAAAAUCACAAUGGAAUUCUUUGAUCCUCUCUAUGUUGAGCAGAAGUACGAAUUAGGAGCUGCUCUGUUUAUCGGAUGGGCAGGAGCCUCGCUCUGCAUCAUUGGUGGAGUCAUAUUUUGCUUUUCAAUAUCUGACAACACCAAAACUCCCAGGAUGGGAUACUCCUACAACGGGGCCACGUCCGUCCUGUCUUCUCGGACAAAGUAUCAUGGUGCAGAAGGAGAUUUUAAAACCACAAACCCCUCCAAACAGUUUGAUAAAAAUGUGUACAUCUGAAAAGAGCACUGCUGCGAGCUGUCUCGAGUUAUUGUAAAAGUGAACUG